CCUAAAGGGGGCGGUGUGCUGCGCGGGGCUCCGUGGUAAAAGCAGCGGCCAGAGGGAGGAGGGAGAAGAAGACGCCAGACGGAGAUCGAAAUGGCGGCACCAGCAGAGAGGAUGGAGGUUUCUCAGGGGGAGAGCUCAGCCAAGCCUGCGGCCGAAGACAUGACAUCCAAGGACUACUAUUUCGACUCCUACGCCCACUUUGGAAUCCACGAGGAGAUGCUGAAAGACGAGGUUCGCACGUUGACCUACCGAAACUCCAUGUUCCACAACAAACACCUGUUUAAGGACAAGGUGGUGUUGGACGUCGGCAGCGGGACGGGAAUCCUCUGCAUGUUUGCUGCUAAAGCCGGAGCCAAGAAGGUUAUCGGGAUCGAGUGCAGCAGCAUCUCAGACUACGCUGUGAAAAUUGUGAAGGCCAACAACCUGGAUGAUGUUGUGACCAUCAUCAAAGGGAAGGUGGAGGAGGUGGAGCUGCCGGUGGAGGGCGUUGACAUCAUCAUCUCUGAGUGGAUGGGCUACUGUCUCUUCUACGAGUCCAUGCUCAACACAGUCAUCUACGCCAGAGACAAGUGGCUGAAGCCGGAGGGACUCAUCUUCCCCGACAGAGCAACUCUGUACGUCACCGCCAUCGAAGACCGGCAGUACAAGGACUACAAAAUCCACUGGUGGGAGAACGUGUACGGGUUCGACAUGUCCUGCAUCAAGGAGGUGGCCAUCAAAGAGCCGCUGGUGGACGUGGUGGACCCCAAGCAGCUGGUGUCCAACUCGUGUCUGAUCAGGGAGGUGGACAUCUACACGGUGAAGGCGGAGGACCUGACCUUCACCUCACCGUUCUGCCUGCAGGUGAAGAGGAACGACUACAUCCACGCUCUGGUCACCUACUUCAACAUCGAGUUCACCCGCUGCCACAAGAGGAUCGGCUUCUCCACCAGCCCAGAGUCCCCGUACACCCACUGGAAGCAGACGGUCUUCUACAUGGACGACUACCUGACUGUGAAGACGGGAGAGGAGAUCUUCGGGACCAUCGGCAUGAAGCCAAACGUCAAGAACAAUAGGGACCUGGACUUCACCGUAGACAUCGACUUCAGGGGCCAGCUGUGCGAGAUGUCCCGGUCUUUGGAGUACCGGAUGCGUUAGACGUUUGUCUUUUAUUAGUGGGCAAAUUGUGAGGUGUACCUGGGAGUCCGUACUCUAGUUUAUCGCUCCCCCGCAGCAACAUUUUAGACGUGUUUUUCAUAAGUUCCAUAUUCCAAGAUUAACAGUAUUUAAAAUAUUUCCACACCUUUGAGUUUAAAGUGCAGUGAUUCCGGUGAUCGUUUGUGCAGUAGUCACUGAACCAGACGUGUGACAUGUUGCCUGGUGUCUGUCCCAACAUCCUGCCGGGCCGUCGGGCUCGGAGAUCCAUCUCCAUCCCCCUCAAUCCCCUCGGUGUUGGUCGACCGUCUCCUCGUUCACAUGUUCUACGGGCUGCACAUGUUUCCUUCAGCGUCUCGUAACAGCAGUCCAGUAACUAGAGAAGCUCCAUUUCAGAGUAGAAGUUACCGUCCAGAAGCAGAUGCUGACAGUUGGGGGUCCAGACCAAACGGUUAGGGGGUGUCAUGUUGUUGCAAACUGUGGAAAGGCCCCCCGGCACCCAUGUGAGGGUGUGGGGGUGCCGGGGCCGAGCACGUCCCGGUGCAGCUCUCCGACCACAGGGAGGGCUGAGCCGGCGUGUCCGGAGCUGCCCUAGUGACUGUGAAGAACACAGAGGCCGUACUGACUCAUCACACCUUCAGUUUGUCUUGUUUUUUGUUUUUUUUUUCUUAUGUAUUGUUUUUUUUUGGCUGCUGCUUCUUUCUUUUUUUUAAAUAAAACUAUUAAAAUGUUUCUUUUUUCAUCAA